AUGUUAAAUAACGAAGAGGACACGCAACAGCAAUUGACUCACACCCUUCUACCCGCCCUAAUGGCCAACUGGUUCAGCAUGAUUCUACGACAUGGAGUGAUGCUAUCUGGACUCACAGUGACAAUUUACCGUCUUCAAAACCAGAAUCUGAGUCCUGGAGAGCAGGGAAGAAGGGUGAUGGAGCUGGUGGCAUGUCUGGCAGCCGGAAUCCUGCCUCUGUGGACACCCCCCAAGAUUUCCGCUGCCCAAUUGCAUCUCUUUCAGGUCUCUCCUUACAUAUUUACAGCAGCCAUUCUUCUGGCGUCUACAUUACUACUGGGUGUCUGUCAGUGUUGGCUACUGUCGGUACAUCCUGCGGCUUUUGUGCUGGUUCUACUUCUCAACUCGUUUCUCGUCAACGAAAUCAAGUGGUCCGAGGCGUUUUUUGCUUCCAAUUGGCUGCCUGAGUCCCAGUACUAUGAGACGAUCGAAAAGAGCAAACAGCUAACCAUUUUAUCGACCCUCAUCUCUUCUGGUCUCGUGGCGCUUUUCAAAACAGCUUGGUUCUAUCUUGUUCUUUUUGCAGCGGUUCUGUACGUCUCUUACAUGAUGGCGUUUGUAGUGGAUGCCCGACUGGAGAACCAAACCAAGUACAAGCAGAUGCUGGAGGAGAGCGAGGAUUUCGCACCGCUGCAGGAGUGGAAUGACGACCAUUCGAGCGGGGUAUACGCGGUAAUCAGGGAGAGAAACUGGGCAGCCUGGGGUGUCUACUACUUCUUCCAAUACCUAUAA